AUGAAUGAAGUUCCACCUGAAUCUUUGAGUGGUGAGCAAGUUUAUUCUGAGCGGUUAAAAGGUGUCAAUCCACCAAAAACGUCCCAGUGCGGUGGAAAUGGUCACGAUAAGAAGAAACCCGGAUAUGGGAAGAACCAUAACUGGCACAAAGAAAGCAUAUUCUGGGAGUUGCCGUACUGGAGGGACCUAAAUCUUCGACAUAAUCUUGAUGUUAUGCAUAUUGAGAAGACUUUUUCCGACAACAUCAUGAGUACUCUUAUGAGUGUGAAGGGUAAGUCGAAAGACACAAUCAAGUCAAGAUUGGAUAUAGAACUUCUCUGUGAUCGGCAACACUUACAUGUUGAUAGUCGUGGUCAAGCUCCUUUUCCUCCCUACACACUGGGUGAGAGCGCAAGAAAAAGUUUAUUGGAAUGUGUGAAAGUAGGGGUAAAAUUUCCAGACGGUUAUGCUUCCGACUUAGCUAACUGUGUUGAUAUAGAGAAGCGCAAGUUUUCAGGCAUGAAGAGUCAUGACUGCCAUGUGUUUAUGGAGAGGCUACUUCCAUUUAUAUGUGCAGAACUCCUAGACAAGAACGUCCAUCUUGCUUUAUCAGCUGAACUAGGAGGCCCCGUGCAAUAUAGGUGGAUGUAUCUUUUCGAAAGAUAUUUUAAGAAGUUGAAAGCGAACGCAACGAACAAAAGCCAUGCAGCAGGGUCGAUAGUUGAAGCAUAUAUCAAUGCUGAGAUUGCUUAUUUCUCAGAACACUACUUCGCUGACAGUAUACAAACGAAAUCGAGGUUUACAAGAUUUGAAGUAGGUGAAGUCCCUGUAUAUCAUGUUGAAGGAGUACCGGAUAUAUUUAUUCAGGCAGGUCGUCCAAGCGGGGAAAUGCAAGAAAUUUGGCUUUCCGAAAAAGAUUAUCUAUGCGCACAUGCUUAUGUUUUGCGAAAUUGUGAUUAUUUUCAGCCAUUUGAGAGCAUGUUCGAAGAUUUUCUUUCUGUAAAAUAUCCAGACCUUUCUGAAAGAGAUCUCUCCGCGAAGAGAGCUGAGGAAUAUCAUAUAUGGGUGAAAGAUUAUGUUACUCACUGGAGCGAAACACAUCCUUUUCCUGCUUGGGUUAAAGAGUUUGUACAAGGACCCGUGAAUAAAGCCAAAACCUGGCCAAUUUAUUUCACUCGAGGUCUUCUGUUUCAUACCCAAACGCAUGGUGAGGGACGAAAGACUUGCAACUAUGGAGUAUGUGCUAAAGGAGAGAGUUAUACAAAUGCAGCUGAUGAAUCUCAGUACUAUGGGAUCUUAACAGAUAUCAUACAAAUCGAGUACGAGGGUAUAGUCGAUUUGAAAAUCACACUUUUUAAGUGUAAAUGGUAUGACCCUGUUAUUGGUAGAGGCACUCGGCGGAAAAAUGGCGGAAUAGUGGAUGUUCUCUCAUCGAGAAAAUACUACAAAUAUGAUCCAUUUAUUCUAGCAUCUCAACCAGAUCAAGUUUGUUAUAUUCCAUAUCCAUAUGUAAGAAAACCGAAGCAGUCUUGGCUCAAUGUUCUAAAAGUGAAUCCGAGGAGAAUCAUUUUUGGAGAAUAUGAAGACAAAGAUCCGGUGACUUUGCAACAAGAAAACGAUGAUGCUGUUUUGAUGACCACAGUUGAAGACCUUGAAGUCAACCAUUUGGUACAUGCUCCUGGAGAACCGAUCAAUAUUGAUUUCGACGUGGCAGAUGCAGAACCUAAUGAUGAAUUCCGAUGUAAUUUAUCAUCUUCAGAUGAUGAUGAAGAUGGAGAUGAAGAUGAACCGUACUAA